UAUAUACAUUUAAUAGUUGUUAGUAUCAGUAUCCAUCAUAGUUCCAAUUUGCCUCCAGUAGUCCAAUGAAGUUUUAAAAACAUUAUCGAAAUAAUUCCGUGGUGAAGAUUGACUUUGAAUAUACUUAAAAUUAUUCGAAGAUGAAAGUUCUUGUUUGUUUCUGAGUUCUACCAAUUAUUUCUCCAGAAUCCAGAGCAUAACUAGAUGGAAGGACAAAGAGAGACACGGCUAUAUGAUGCAGCACUUGGAGGAGACGUGCCAUCUUUACUCGAAUUGCUCCGAGAUGAUCCUCUGAUCCUCGAUCGAUGCAUCAUCGAGAAAUCAUGUCGUUUUGUGCAGUCCCCGUUACAUGUAGCAACUAAUCAUGGGCACUUGGAGUUCAUAAAAGAGAUUUUAUGCCACAAACCAGAGUUAGCAGAGGAGCUUGAUCAAUCAAAAAGAUGGUCACCUCUACAUAUGGCCUCAGCAAAAGGACAUUUAGAGAUAUUGAAGGCGUUGCUUGCAGUAAAUAGUAGCAUGUGCUUUGUGCGCGACAAAGAUGGAAGGAAUGUUAUUCAUGUUGCAGCCAUGAAUGGUCAAAUUCAAGUGCUUGGUGUGCUUCUUCGAGCUAAGCCACAGGCAGCUCGAGAACGGACUACCGAUGGCGAAACUGUUUUACAAUUGUGUGUUAAACAUAGUCAGUCACAGGCUCUUAUGUUCUUGGUACGAACUAUGGGUGAUGCUCAGCUGCUUAACUCCAAGGAUAGUGAUGGUAAUACUAUCUUACACCUAUCAGUCGCAGCUAAACAUUACGAGUCCAUUGAGUUCUUACUCAAGGACAAGAGGAUGGAGAAAAAUGCAAUCAACACCAAUGGCUUAACCGCGAUGGACACUUGCAUCCAGACGAAGAAAGAUGGUCAUGAUGGGGGAAUUUGGUUAGCCUUGAGGCAUGCCAAAGUGUCAAAAGCAAAGGUUUUGCGAAAACCAAAGAAAAGCAGCCGCGAUUGGUUGGACAAGCAACGUACUGCUCUUAUGGUGGUGUCGUCAUUAAUAGCCACUAUGGCAUUUCAAGCCGGAAUCAACCCUCCUGGAGGUGUAUGGCAAGAUGACAAAGAUGGCCAUAAAGCAGGUACUUCAAUAAUGGCACAUGUUAAGAAACAAUCACAACAUGAUCUUGGAAUAUACAAUGUAUUCCUCAUCUCCAACACUGUAGGACUAGUCUCAUCUUUAACCGUCAUAAUUCUUCUCAUAAGCGGACUCCCUUGUAUGAGACUCGUCAUGGGAUUUUUAAUGGUAACUAUGUGGAUCGCGGUAACAGCAACAACAAUGACAUAUAUAGUCUCUGUUUACUUCCUGGUAUUCUUCAACGAAAACCUGAUAUCCUCUACGAUGGACCUGACAUCGUCCUCCACAAAUCCUGUUCUAUCAACGAUAACAUUUGUAAUUGGUGUUUGGGUAAUUGUGUUAGGAUUACUCGUCUUUGGGCAUGUUCUUCGCCUGUGCUUUAGACUGAUUAAGCAAAUAAUACGCCUGGUGAUACAAGGAAUCAAAAGUACUUACACAAAGGCUAGAAACUACCCACCAGUUUAAUAUAUGAUGACACUUUGAUUUCCAGGUUGUUUCUCAUGAUUCACCCUUGAUUAGUUCAUGUAAUAUUCAAUAUUAACUAUUUCACCAAUAAGAUAGAUUAAGAACAAUAGAUGUCAUGGUUGGUUUUCCCAAUUAUAAUUAUUAAUUAAAAGCUAUAGAGCAUAAUUUA